UCCCUACCGAAAUGGCCGCCAGUAUAAAUGUGACUUCCAUCCUUGCAACAUGGCUCUUGUCUCUGCAAACGUGUGUAUACGUUUCUGUGAUGAAUUUGCAGUUAAUCGGUAUUCUUGUGUUUUUAAAGGACGUGAUAUUGGAGCACACGUAGACUGGAUGCGCAGUUUUACUCUUUAACAUCCUUAUGAUACCAAUUCAGACAGACUUAAAUAUUUAUACAAGCCUUGGAAACUUAUGUUAAAUAUAUAAUAUGGCAUCAAGGCUGGAUAGACUCUUUGUUUUAUUGGAAUCGGCAAGUAGUUCAGUCACCAGAAAAACAGCUGCAAAUCAACUAGGACAAGUUAUAAGAUUUCAUCCUCAUGAACUAAAACCUUUAUUAGAACGUAUCUCCACUUACUUGUAUAGUUCAUCAUGGGAUACACGAAUAGCUGCAUCGCAAGCUAUCGAAGCUGUUAUUUUACAAAUUCCUCAAUGGUGUCCUUGUGGAUUGCCAUCAACUAAAUAUGAAUACAAUGAUUUGGAAGUAGAUGAAAAAAGGAGUAAUAACAAACUAUCGUUCAAUACAUUUGAUUUAGCUAAUAUAAUGAAUAGUUCUACAUUAACAAAUUCUCUCGAUCCUGAACAACAAAUACCUAAUACUUAUGAUAAUGAUAUAGAAAAAGUAAUUCAAAGCCAGCAAAAAAUUAUUAAUAAAACUCUAGGACUAGAAAUUUUAGGAUCUAGUAUUAUAACCUCUGAGGAUAUCAUGAUAACACCUGUCCCUAAAAUUGGUACAACCAAUUUAAAAAGACAAUUGAGUGAUGUUAUAAAUACUGACUUUAAUAAAAGUUCUAGAGAAGAAAAUCGAGAACGAAGAAAAACUCGACACGGUGAACUCAAUAAUAAAUUAACCCGAUCAAUAUCUUUAGAUAGUAGUCACAGUGGAAUCUCAGAUACAUGUAAAAAAAUUAAAAUGACUGCAUCUAAUGAUGAGAAUAAUGAUUGGCCUUUUGAAGAAUUUAUUCAACCGCUACUUAAUGAUUUGGCUGAUACUAAAUGGGAAAUACGACACGGAGCUGCUACUGCUAUUCGUGAAAUUAUUAAACACCAUGGUCGUGGUGCUGGAAAAGCUGCAAACUUACCUUCAGACCAAAUGGAAAUUCAUCACCAAGUAUGGUUAGAAGACGUGAGUUUAAGAUUAUUAUGUGUUUUGGCUUUGGAUCCUUUUGGAGAUUUUUUGGGUGAUCAAGUAGUAGCACCCGUGAGAGAGACUUGUGCUCAAGCAUUAGGAUUCAUCGCUAAACUGAUGUCUGAAGAUAAUAUUAUGAAUGUCAUAAAUGUUCUUAUACAGCUCAUAGAACAUGCUAACUGGACAACUAGACACGGUGGUCUGUUAGGAUUAAAAUACAUAUUAGUCGUAAGAAAAGAUCUUAUUGAAAAAAUGUUACACAUAUUAUUCCCCUAUAUAUCCAAAGCAUUAAUGGACCCUGUAGAUGAUGUAAGUGCUGUGGCUGCAGCAUCUUUAUUACCAAUUGUAGAUAAUUUAAUUAAAUACAAUCAGAUGUGGGCAUCUGAAAUAAUCACUAUUAUAUGGAAAAUGUUAGCUGUACAAGAUGAUUUAACAACAUCUUGUAAUAAUUUUAUGACAUUAUUAGCUGCAUUAUUUAGCCACCCUUCUGGAAAAUUAUUGAUUAACGAACCGGUUCUUCACAUUUUACCUCGUCUUUGGUCAUUUUUGUCACACAAUGCUACUCAAGUGCGUUUAGCUACAAUGAAAUCUUUAUUAACAUUGACGUCAGCUCCACAACUAGUUUAUUCCGAUAGCACAGAGAAUAUAAAAUUACUUCAAGAUGCUAUGAGAUUAAUUUUUUUUAGAGCUAUGAUUGAGCCAGAUGAGGAAAUACAAAAUAUAGUAAAAGAGGUUUGGAUUAAUUUGUUGACUCAUAGCACUUUAACAGCUGUUUUAAAUGCUGUUUGUCCAUUUGUUGGAUUGUGGUUAGCAAUGACCAUGCAAUCUGAAAAAAUACCAUAUGAUGUAACAAAUAUUAUUCAAAAUAUUACAGAAGCUCCUAUGAAAGUAGAGAAUCAAAUAAAUGAAUCAAGUAUAGAUAUUAAGUACUACAUAGGAGGGAGUGAAGCAAUUCCUGUAGAACAACGGGAGAAAAAUGCUAAUAGAGCUAGACAGUUAGGGGCAGAAAUGUUAGGUUUGUUAUCUAGCUACAUAGUUCAACCGGCUCCCAAUGUUUGCUACGUAAAUGAAAGUGAAUCUCCAGUAGCGUGUUAUACAAAGCUUUUAAUUGGUCAUUUAGAUUCUAAUGUAGCUAUGCAGCAAAGAAUGGCAUCUAUAGUUAUAUCAGAAUGGAGUAAACAACAAAAAAUUGAUAGCUCAGCUUCAAAAAUUUUAACAGAAAAAAUUACAGAAUGUAUGAAUCGAGUGAUUUAUUACGAUGAAAUGUCCUACUCCAUGACUAAGCUUAUUCAAGAUGCUAACGACUAUCAUUCAUCUUUAAAACAUUACAAGCUACCUAUACCUCUUCAGUUAAACCAAGUUGUAACCUUGGAACAAAUUGAACAGCUUACUGCACCAGAUUCAGUUUUAUUAACUUCACUUAAAAAUAGACCAAAAAUUAUGCAACAGCUGGAAGAAAGAAGACUCUCAUUGUAUUAUACACAGAAGCAAAUAAAUGCAGAUCUUGCUGCAUUAACUUUAUCAACAAAAGCAUCUCUAGCAGGUGCAUUAACAAUGCUUCAGUGUCUACCUGAAAAAAUACGACCUGUUGUCAAACCUUUGAUGGAGUCCAUAAAAAAAGAACAAAAUGAAAUAAUACAGAAAAGAUCUGCGGAUCAUUUGGCAAUACUUAUGGAUUUUUGUGUAAAUCGGCCAUUAUGUCCAAACUCGACGAUAGCCAAUAAUUUAUGUUCUUUUCUGUGUGUUGACACAGACUUCACGCCAAAAAUAGGUGUUGAUGACAAUACAAAGUAUAAUUUGAUUCUUACACAUCAAAAACUACAACAGAAUGCUGAAAAGUUACUUAUGAAGCGAAACGGAAGUAGAGGUCCCGGUAGACCUCCAACACAAUGUGAUAUAAGAAUUGAAAUAUUACCUAGUGAAGAAAGUCAGGAUACUAAAAUGUUGAAUGGGAUUCAAAGGAGAGGGGCAUUUUAUACUUUGCAAACUAUUUGUUUACAUUUUGGGAAGGAUUUGGAAACUAAACUGCCUCGGCUUACUGAAAUAGUGUAUGACAGCAUACAUGAUUUGAAUUUUUCUGUUAAUGAUUCAAAUACAAGUGUAUUAAAAAAUAAUGAUGAUGCAGCACAAGAACUUGUUAGAAACUUACAAGUGUAUGAAGUAUCAUGUUCAAAAAUGCACAAAUGUUAUACUCAAAAGCUCUUGGAAUUGUUACCUUUUUUUACAAAACUUCUUAUGAAUCCAUACUCAGCUAUCAGGCACAUGGCUGCUCGUUGUAUAGCUUCAUCUCUUGAUUUGGAUGCUGUAUUUACCAUGACAGCUGUUAUUAAAGAUAUUUUACCUCUUCUUGAUGCGGCUGAUAAUGAUGUUUUAAGAAAAGGAGCUAUUGAAGCAGUUGCUUGUGUUGUUGACAAAUUGCAAUUUGAUAUUGUUCCAUAUAUUGUAUUAUUAAUGAUACCAAUAUUAGGUCGUUUAAGUGAUCAAGUUGAAUGUGUGCGUAAAUUAGCAUCCCAAUGUUUUGCCACUCUUAUUCAAUUGAUGCCACUAGAUGGUGCUGUACCUAUCCCACCAAAUUUGAGUGACAGUAUGAAUAAAUUAAUACAGUCGCAACGUCAAUUUUUGGAUCAACUUUUUAAUCCUAAUCAAAUUGAAGAUUUUCAAGUUCCAAUUGUCAUAAAUGCAAAAUUAAGGUCUUAUCAACAGACUGGAGUAAACUGGCUGGCUUUUUUGAAUAAGUAUAAAUUACAUGGAAUUUUAUGUGAUGACAUGGGUUUGGGAAAAACAAUACAGUCAUUGUGUAUAUUAGCAAGCGACCAUUAUAUCAAGAAACAAAAAUAUACGAAAACCCUCUCCCCAGUUCUUUUACCAUCAAUAGUAGUAUGUCCUCCUACACUGCUUGGUCAUUGGAUUUACGAAAUAGAAAAAUUUAUACCCAGUGACAUUUUAAAACCAUUGCAAUACUCUGGAUUGCCUUUAGAAAGACAGAAAUUACAAGUGCUUGCAGAUGAAUACAAUUUAUUUGUUGUAUCUUAUGAUAUUGUACGUAAGGAUAUAGAGUUCUUUAGUAAAAUACAGUUCAAUUACUGUAUAUUAGAUGAAUGUCAUGUUAUAAAAAAUGGAAAGACAAAAGCUAGUCUGGCCAUUAAACAAGUAAAAGCAAAUCACCGUCUUGUUUUAUCUGGUACACCAAUACAAAAUAGCGUUUUGGAAUUAUGGUCAUUAUUUGAUUUUUUAAUGCCUGGAUUUUUGGGCACUGAAAAACAAUUUGCUGCGAAGUACAGUAAACCAAUUUUAGCUAGUAGAGAUGCAAAAUGUUCUUCUAAAGAACAAGAAGCUGGAGUUUUAGCAAUGGAAGCAUUACAUCGUCAAGUGUUACCAUUUGUUUUGCGUAGAAUGAAAGAAGAUGUUUUGAGUGAUCUACCUCCAAAAAUUACUCAGGAUUAUUAUUGUGAUCUAAGUUCUGUCCAACAACAGCUUUAUGAAGAUUUUUCAAAAACACAUAUUCAUAAACAAGUAUCAGAAACAACAGAUGAUGCUUCUCAUUCUACUAACAAAAAUAACAUGUUACAGGCUUUACGUUAUUUACAAAAUGUAUGUAAUCAUCCAAAAUUAGUGCUUACUCCACAACAUCCACAGUAUUCUGUAAUAAUUGAACAAAUUAAAAAAGCAAACUCUACUUUAACAGACAUUCAACACGCUGCAAAAUUACCUGCUUUAAAGCAACUUUUAUUGGAUUGUGGCAUUGGAUUAGCUAGUAGUGAUGAACCUGUAAUAAAUCAACAUAGAGCAUUAAUAUUUUGUCAACUUAAAGCCAUGUUAGAUAUUAUUGAAAAUGAUCUCUUUAAAGUCCAUUUGCCAAGUGUUUGUUACCUUCGUUUGGAUGGCAGUGUACCCGUUUCUCAAAGAUACUCGCUUGUCAAUCGCUUUAAUACUGAUCCAUCUAUAGACUUACUUAUUAUGACUACCCAAGUUGGUGGCUUAGGACUUAAUUUAACUGGAGCAGAUACAGUUAUAUUUGUUGAACAUGACUGGAGUCCUAUGAGAGAUCUUCAAGCAAUGGAUCGUGCUCAUAGAAUAGGUCAAAAGAAAGUAGUCAAUGUAUACCGUUUAAUAACCAGAUCAACGUUGGAAGAAAAAAUUAUGAACUUUCAAAAAUUUAAAUUGAAAACUGCCAAUACAGUAAUAACUUCUGAAAAUUCUAGUCUACAAACAAUGGGAACAGACAAACUACUAGAUUUGUUUUCAUUGGAUAGAUCGCCCAAGGAUAAGAAUAAACCUACCAGUUUGUCGAGUAACUCAAUCAAAUCUGUACUUGAAAAUUUACCAGAAUUAUGGGAUACUAAAAUUUAUGAAGAAGAAUAUGAUAUUAAUAGUUUUGUCCAAACAUUGAAUAACUGAAAGAAUUUUUCAACCCCUAACUUUUUUUUUAUACAUAAUAUGUGGUAUCAUGAAGUCAUUAAAUUGUAUUCACAAACAUAAAAUAUAUGUAUUAUGAAUGUUUUUU